CCACAAACUUGCUCUCAUUAUUUACAUAAGUGACUGCUUUCCUCUCACUGUCCCACUUUCUUGUGAAGAGUCGCACUGGUAGUUUCUGUCAGGACAUAUAACUGAGGGAAUGAGCACAAUUUAGGAAUAACUGGACAUCUAAAACCCAUUUUACUUGAAGCUCGCAAAGAUGAAUUCCUGGCUCAUAAGCGCGCUCGCGCUGAUUGUCUACUGUUGCCACGACGCCCUCUCGUGUCCAAAGCGAUGCACUUGCCAUUUCAGCACCAAAACAACGGAGGUUGUGUGCCCUGACGCCGGCCUAUCUCAUUUCCCUGGAGAAGGACUACCACGCACCACAACCGCACUGACCAUCCAGUUUACAAACCUGAGCGUGCUGACCUCAAAAGAUCUGAAAGCCAUCCCAUUGCUAGAGGAGCUGCACUUGCCUGGCAACAAACUGAGCAGCUUACCCGCAGAUCUUCUGAUGUACGUUCCUCACCUACACACCAUAGACCUCACAGAUAAUGAACUGCGUGAGCUUCCUUCACACGUUUUCCAUCACGCUCCACUUCUUAACCUGGUGCUAAAAGACAACCGCAUCUCCAGUAUCCACCCUGACUGGAUGCCCAACAACAGCACUCUCUCAUGGUUGGACUUGUCAGGAAACCAUCUUACGAAAUUCCCAAUGGCUCAACUCCAGGCAUUGAAUCACCUCAAGGUUCUGCAAAUUUCACAGAAUAAACUCGAGGAGCUUCCAGUUGGAUGCCUAGACGCCCACCCUGCCCUAGAGAGACUUCAUUUGGACCAGAACAAAAUUGAAUCCCUGGAUGUGAAGGCCUUCAGCAACACUGCUAACCUGACUCAUAUUUUCUUGCAGAAAAACAGACUGGAGAGCCUCCCACCCACUGUUUUCCAGGGGCUCCAACGCUUGGAGUUUGUAGACCUCCAAGACAACAGGCUAAACUCUAUUCUUCCUGGCACGUUAGAUAUUAAUACCAGCUGGGUGGAGUUGACCUUAAACCCCUGGCAUUGUGACGCUAAAAUAGAGUACCUGUGGAAGAAACUCACUAUGGAAACCCUACAGUCUGAGCCAAAAUGUGCUUCACCUGAGAGCCUGAAAGAUCGGGUCAUCGCAACACUUAAACGCAAAGAAAUGGGCCUGCCAGAGUAAAAAACACUAGUUCAGAUGAGGAAGAAAAUGUGUUUAAGAGAGCAAUAGUAACUAGUAAAUAUGAGUAAGGAGACUUUCCUUAAUGUAAACAUUAUGGUAGUAUCUAUCUAGUGCAAAUUAAAAAUCGAUUUUUAUUUCUUCGUACGUACAGAAAUGUAAUAGAAAUGGCCAUGAAGAUCUUUUCUGAAAUCUUAAAAUGUACACUUUUUAAAAAGUAUAAUUGUUCAUAUUUCAUUUUAAUAGCAUGCUUGGUUGUAAAUGACUGAUUGAACUAAGAUCUUGUAAUGCACUAAACCGGACAACUACAGCCAAUUUAAUACGUUUAGACUACUCCUAUAUACUAAUCAUGAUCUGACACUAAAGCUCUCUGGCAUGUCAAUAAAUUACAGAUAAUAAAAGACA